AUGCUUUCUCAACUUAUCCUAUAUCUUCUGGUAGCUGUGUCCACAGUGGCCUCUACACUGUCCGCGUGUACGAAAUGCCCGGCUGGAGGCUUUUGGUCGAACUGGAAAGACUACACGAGCUGCUCGGACACCUGUGGGUUGAACGGGCAAAAGGUGCAGACAAGAACGUGCACUUCGUGGUCCAAGGGAUGUCCGUGCUCUGGCCUCGCAUCACGAGUUCUUCCAUGUGCACCUGCUGCGUGCGUUGCCCCACGACCUUCUUGUAAAUCCCCCUACACACAAUACACAAACAGUGCCACGGGCCAGAAACUUUGCGGAAACGUGUCAAGAACGGACAACUAUGUGGCGCCGACAUGUGCCCUAACAAAAGUGUUCGAUACAUGCCCGUGUCCAGCAGCUGGUCUCUGGACCGAGUGGUCCAACGUUGGCUCGUGCAACGCCACUUGUGGUCUUUGCGGAACCGUCACACAAACGAGAACGUGUCGAUCGUCGUCCUAUGGCUGUCCAUGCCCCGGAGCGAAAACCCAAAAUGUCCACUGUCAGAAAGCGCCAUGUGCCGGAAACACGUGCUGUAACGGGAACAAAGUGGUGAAAAUCUUGGGAACAAAUCCGGUUGUAUACCAAUGUGGAAUGCAGCUGCCACCCUAUGAACUACUCCCACUGCCUACAUGCCCGCAGACGACAACCAAAGCCACAACAAAGGCAACCACAGCUCCGAAAAAUUGCAAAUCGUGCACGUUGGCUCAAUUGAACGCGUUGAACGGAAACGGAAAUGGUUUCUACACUCAAGGAGCAGUUAUAGUUGAUGGUGUGACUGGUUGUAACAUCUGUGGUUGGAGCUGUAACACGACCACUUCGAUGGUCAACUUCAAAGUCGUGGGAACUGAUCUGACGACGGUGAUCGUCAACGACAAUACUCAUUGUGGCUAUAUCAACAACGACAAUGAUGGACGCUAUCAGUGCUCGGCGACUGGUGUGUGGCAAUUCAGGACGAAUGCUGGUGUGCUGACAAACAUGGGCAAGUACACGUGCUCAAAGGGUGCCGCUUGCACAACAACCACAAAAACGACAACAAAAGCAACAACCACCACAAAAGCAACAACCACAACAAAAGCAACCACCACCGCGAAAAAUUGCAAUUCGUGUACGUUGGCCGAACUAAACGCGUUGAAUGGAAAUGGAGACGGUUUCUAUAUUCAAGGAGACAUCCAAGUUGAUGGUGUGUCGGGUUGUAACAUCUGUGGUUGGAGCUGUAACACGACCACUUCGAUGGUUAACUACAAAGUCCUGGGCACUGAUAUGUCGACAGUGAUUGUCGAUGACAACACACAUUGUGGCUAUAUCAACAACGAUAAUGACGGACGGUAUGAAUGCUCGAACACUGGUGUGUGGCAAUUCAAAACGUCUGCUGGUGUGUCAACCGAUAUGGGCAAGUACACGUGCUCAAAGGGUGUCCCUUGCUGUCAAUCAUGUACUUUGGCACAGCUGAAUGCGUUGAAUGGAAAUGGAGACGGUUUCUAUACUCAAGGAGGUGUCAUCGUGGACGGCAUCUCGAACUGCAACAUUUGCGGUUGGAGCUGUAACACGACCACUUCGAUGGUCAACUAUGAAGUCCUGGGCACCGAUAUGUCAACAGUGAUCGCCAACGACAACACACAUUGUGGCUAUAUCAAUAACGAUAAUGACGGACGGUACCAAUGCUCGGACACUGGUGUGUGGCAAUUCAAAACGGCUGCUGGUGUGUCAACCGAUAUGGGCAAGUACACGUGCUCAAAGGGUGUCCCUUGCUGUCAAUCAUGUACUUUGGCACAGCUGAAUGCGUUGAAUGGAAAUGGAGACGGUUUCUAUGUUCAAGGAAAUGUCAUCGUGGACGGCAUCUCGAACUGCAACAUUUGCGGUUGGAGCUGUAACACGACUACUUCGAUGGUUAACUACCAAGUCUUGGGCACAGAUAUGACAACAGUGAUCGCCAAUGACGACACACAUUGUGGCUAUAUCAACAACGACAAUGAUGGACGAUAUCAAUGCUCAAGCAAUGGUGCCUGGCAAUUCAUGACGGCCGCUGGUGAAUACACAGAUAUGGGCAAGUACACAUGCUCCAAAGGUGCCUCUUGC